GACACAAAACUCGUCCUAUUCCGGGGUUCGCUUCAAUCACUUUCCCUUACUCUUAUCUGGUCCGCAACCUCUCAGCCGCUCCUCUAGGGUUUCCUCCCCUCCGACAAUGCCGCCUCCGAGCAAGUCCAUCCGGCCCUCCCACCACGGGGCCGCCAAGGAAUCGGGCGGUGAUCACGAGACGCCGCCCUCGAACAACCUCUGGAUCGGCAACCUGUCCGCCGACGUCACCGACACGGAUCUGAUGGACGUGUUCGGCAAGUACGGCGCGCUCGACGCCACCUCGUACGCCUCCCGCAGCUUCGCCUUCGUCUUCUUCAAGCGCCCCGACGACGCCGCCGCCGCCAAGGACGCGCUGCAGGGGACCUCCGUGAAGGGGAACCCCAUUAAGAUCGAGUUCGCUCGGCCGGCAAAACCUUGCAAGCAAUUAUGGGUUGGAGGGAUCAACCCAGCUGUUUCAAAGGAAGAGCUGGAAGAGGAAUUUCUCAAGUACGGAAAAGUUGACGAUUUCAAGUUAUUUGGAGACCGCAAUACCGCAUUACUGGAGUAUGUCCGAGUGGAAGAUGCUAUUCAAGCUAUGAGAAACAUGAAUGGAAAGCAAUUAGGUGGUGAUCAAAUACGUGUAGAUUUCCUGCGAUCUCAGCCCUCAAGAAGAGAACAUUGGGCUGACACUCAUGACUCUAGGGAGUUUAUUGGUAGGGGUGUGCCUACUGACGUUCAUGCAGGUUCUAAAAGGCAACAGCUUUCUCAUUCUUCAGGGUCUAGAAGAGGAGAUGGGCAACCCAGUAAAGUUUUGUGGAUAGGUUACCCUCCUUCUGUCCAAAUUGAUGAACAAAUGCUGCAUAAUGCAAUGAUAUUAUUUGGAGAGAUUGAGAGAAUCAAAAGUUUUCCUUCAAGGCAUUAUUCAUUUGUGGAGUUUAGAAGUGUGGAUGAAGCCCGUCGCGCGAAGGAAGGAUUACAGGGCCGUCUGUUUAAUGAUCCUAGAAUAACCAUUAUGUUCUCCAGUAGUGACCUGGCUCCUGGUAGAGACUAUCCCGCGUUUCAUCCAGGAGUUAGAGGGCCAAGGACAGAAAUGGAACAUCCAUUCCGGACCUCCCAAAUGGAUAUGUUCAGUCACAAUCAUAUGGGGGGUACAGGUUCACUUCCACAUGGUGUUGGUCAAAAUAUUGCGGUAAGGCCUUUUGGUGCUUCAGAAUUUGAUGAUGUUGACCUGCCUUAUGGUAUGCAAGAUGGUAAUGCAAAAAAUCUGAUGGGCCCAAGCUGGAGAAGGUCGUCUCCUCCCUCUUCUGGUUUGCUGCCUUCUCCUGCUCCAGGUGUUAGGACUCCUGUGAGGGCCACUGGCUCAUGGGAUGUUUAUGAUGCUAGUCAUUUCCCUAGGGACUCCAAGCGGUCAAGGAUUGAAUCUUCUUUACCUGCCGAUGAAGCAUCUUUUCCUUUGAGGAAGAUAGAUGAUCGUGGCUUGAGGAUGGACCAUGGACCUGGUUCAGCAAUUGAUGUAGGUAUUCCUGGCCCUUUUGCCAAUUCCCAUGGAAAUGGUCGUCUGAGUCCAAUGGGUUCAAGGUUUGCAUCUGGAGCUGGUCAGGGCCCUGAUGAUGAAUACAUCUGGCGGGGCCUUAUUGCCAAGGGCGGAACACCUGUCUGUCAUGCUCGAUGCGUGCCUGUUGGUGAGGGGCUUGCUGCAGAGCUUCCUGAAGUCGUCAACUGCUCGGCUAGAACAAGUUUGGAUUUGCUAGCCACACACUAUAAGGAAGCUCUUGGUUUCGACAUUGUUUUCUUCUUGCCAGACAGCGAAGAAGAAUUUGGUUCCUACACUGAAUUCCUCCGGUAUUUGGGCUCCAAAGAUCGUGCUGGUGUUGCCAAACUUGAUGAUGGUACCACCCUAUUUCUUGUCCCUCCAUCAGAAUUUUUAAGGAAGGUAUUAAGGGUAACAGGUCCAGAGCGACUGUAUGGAGUGGUCCUCAAGUUUGCUCAGGCAUCUGUGCAGCAUCAAGCACACGAGUCGGUGCCUCUUUCCCAAUUUGCUGAUGCACAGAGGAUGCCUGCUUUCCAACCUGAGUAUGGAUAUCCAUCCCCUAAGCAGGAACAAGUUUUUCGAAAUACACCAGAGGACGCAAAAUUUCCACAGCAACUACUGUAUCCACACAUGGGCGAGUCCUCUGCAAUGCGUUCAGUUUCUCAUGAACAGGCACAUAGCAAUGCUGCUGCAGCAUCCCAAGCUGGAGUUGCGUUAACACCCGAGCUUAUUGCAACUCUAGCUUCAUUAAUUCCUGCAAGUACACGGACGUCAUCUGCAGAAAGUUCUCAGCAAAACUUGAGGCCAAUGGUUCCCCCUGUUGUACCUAACAAUGAACCUUCAUUGCAAGCAUGGAAGCAAGAACAUCAAGCAUCCGAUAGUGGUGGGUAUUCAGUGCAACAACCUGGGAGUCAGUUGAAUCCUCUGAUGUCAUCAGUCUCCCAAUUUCAGCCUUAUACAUCUGUCCCAAGCACAGGUAGCCAGUCCAUGCAAGUGCCCGCCAUCCUUCCUUCCACCCAAAUGCAAGAAUCUGUGCUCAACGCUUCACAAUAUGCGGCAGUUUCUAGAUCAUUUACUAAUAUCCCUUCCCAAGGUGGACAGUUUGCAGCUUCCAUCCAGCAAUAUCCAGUUGAAGUUCCUCCCACUUCUUCUGGGUUAUACAGUUCACCACUUUUACACCAGCAAAGUUCUUCUGGCGUGGCAAGCCAGGCUCAAGUUCCUCCUUUUUCUCAGCUACAAACUGUCGUUCCCACAACAUAUACCGAUGUCUCCAAUCAACCACAGCAGAUUCAGUCUUCUGCUUCUGGGGCUGCUCAGGGCGUACAAGAUGAGGUUGAUAAGAACCAGCGGUAUCAGUCAACAUUGCAAUUUGCUGCAAACCUCCUGCAGCAGAUACAGCAGCAGCAGCAGCAGCAGCAACAGCAACAGCAGCAGCAGCAGCAGCCAACGACGAGCGCCCAUCAUGGGCAAGGGUAUGGUGCUGGCCAUUAGAAUUGAGUCACAGUUGCAGGUGCAUCUGUAGUGGGAUCUUGAACUAAAUUUGGAAAAGGGUCGAUGUCCCAUCAUCGCUGGUUCUAACGCGACUCAACUAGCAGUAGCAGAGGCGUCGAGUCUUCUUCUUCUUCUUCAAUGAACUCUCUCUCUCUCUCUCUCUCUCUCUCUCUCUCUCUCUCUCUCUCUCUCUCUCUUGUUUCAUAGGCCUUUUAUGUUCGAGUUAGUUUGGGUUACAUCUAGUGUUAUUGUAAAUGGACAUGGAAUUGUAGUCUCGAUUUCAAUCCCGAAAGUUGUACUCAAAAGGUGCUUUGCUUUGGCCUAACGUUCCUUUGUUUAAUUUGUAAAUACACCGGUAUUAUCAAAUGACUCGCCCGUUGUCGCGAUUC